CUAACUUUUCAAAUCUUCGUCUUCCUCUUUCUGGUGUUUUUCUUUGGUAUGUUCUCUUUUCUUUCCAUUUCCACCCACUGUUGUCCAUCAGAAUCUAAUCGUUUUAUGAUUAAAUUUUUUUGUAUUUUAGUUUGAUGGAACCAAGUGGUUUAAAUGUUGGGUUGUUUUCUGACACUUCUUCCGUAAUGCUGGGGCUAGAAAUGCCAUUACAGCCUCAACAAAAUCCUCAAAUUCAAAACCCUCACAAUCUUCAGAGUCAAUCUCAAAUGCUUGCUGCUUAUUCUCAAUCUCCCCACCAUGACACGGAUCACCACCACCAUUCCCAACCCCAAUCCCACCAAUCUUCGAAACAACGUGGUUAUUGGUUUACACCCAAGCCAAAACAACAACUUUCGCCUCUUAGUGAUGAAGAUGAACUUGGAUUUGCCCCAGAUGAAAGUGCUGGAGAUGGCAAGAGAAAGGCAUCUCCUUGGCAUAGAAUGAAGUGGACUGAUAGCAUGGUGAGGCUUCUUAUAAUGGCUGUUUUUUAUAUUGGUGAUGAAGCUGGAUCCGAAGGGAAUGAUAAGAAAAUGGCUGGGGCUUUACUUCAGAAGAAAGGGAAGUGGAAAUCGGUUUCGAGGGCUAUGAUGGAAAAGGGGUUUUAUGUGUCUCCUCAACAAUGUGAGGAUAAAUUUAAUGACUUGAAUAAGAGGUACAAAAGGGUUAAUGAAAUUCUCGGUAAGGGAACUGCUUGCCGUGUUGUGGAGAAUCAGAGUUUGCUGGAUAAUAUGGAUUUGUCGCCUAAAAUGAAGGAGGAGGUUAAGAAGUUACUUAAUUCUAAGCAUUUGUUUUUCAGGGAAAUGUGUGCUUAUCAUAAUAGUUGUGGUCAUGGUAGUGUUACUAGUGUAGCUACUGGUGCCAAUCGCUCACUGGAGGUCGUCGCUGAUCCGUCUCAAGUCCAGCAUCAACAAUCACAACAGAAAAGGUGCUUGCAUUCAUCAGAAAAUGCCCUUGGUGGGGCUAGUUCGAAUCGAAUUGAAAUAGAUGGGUCAAAAAUGGCAAAAGUGGGAAGCGAAGAAGAGAAUGAGGAGGACGAUUAUAGUGAUGAUGACGAUGACGACGACGACGAAGAUGAGGCAAUAGAUGGAAUUUUAAGAGGCCAAAAUGGGCAUGGGCAAGAAGAUGAUAAUGACAACCAUGAGAAAACCUUUGGAAAAAAGGCUAGAAAAGGAGUUUUGUCUGGUGCAUUGUUACCACUAAUGGAGCAAUUUAAUGGUGAAGUGAUGUCUGUGAUUCAAGAUGGAGCUAAGAGUGCAUGGGAGAAAAAGCAGUGGAUGAAAAUGAGGCUACUGCAAUUGGAGGAGCAGCAAGUUAGUUAUGAAUACCAAGCUUUUGAGCUGGAGAAGCAAAGGAUAAAGUGGGUGAAGUUUAGUUCCAAGAAGAAGAGGGAAAUGGAGAAAGCAAAGCUUGAAAACGAGCGAAGGCGGCUUGAAAACCAAAGAAUGGUGCUUGUUAUUAGGCAGAAGGAGGUUGAGCUACUAGAUCACCAUCAUCAUCAACAACAACAGAACUCAUCAAACAAGAGGAGUGAACCGUCUUCCAUUACUGGAUAGUGUACAAUAAAUAUAUAUAGAUAACUUUUCAUAGGCUAUUACAGAUAAAUGGGUAGUUUUUCAUUUUUGGUUGCUAAAAUCUUGUUUAUUAAAUUUUGUGCUUCUAUAUGAAUCAAUUAUGUUCUCUUACAAAUAACUAUUUUAGUGAUCGUUUAGGAUUUUUGCGUUCAUUAGACUGCAGAACAACCUGAUUGCGAAGUUAAAUUUUGUGUAUAGAGAGGAAAUUAAAUUUCAGUGGCAUUGAUGCCCGAAUUAAGCUUUA